AUGGCAGGACUUGUGGUGAGCGCUCUGACUGGGGUGAUGAAUCCUCUCCUGAACAAGCUGACCACCAUGGUAGGGAUGGAAUUUAAGCUUCUCCAAGGCGUGGGAAGCCAGGUCACCUUCCUCAAGGAAGAGCUGAGCAGCAUGAACGCUCUCCUUGUGAAGCUGGCCAGCAUGGAGGAGGAGGUCGACGCUCAGACGAAAGAGUGGAUGGGCAUGGUCCGGGAGCUGACCUACGACAUCGAGGAUUGCAUCGAUCAAUUCAUGCUCCACUGCGGUGACAAGGACAAGAGCAAGAUCAGUCUGGUACGGGAGCGGCACAAGAUUGCAAACCUGGUUCAACAACUCAAAGCUCGUGCCAUGGAGGCGAGCCAACGCCACGAGAGGUAUAAGCUUGACCACGGGGACGGGGAGGCUCAGGUUCGUGUGGGCAGCAGCACUAGUAGUAUGGUGGAGGUUGAUCCCCGGCUACCAGCGUUAUAUGUGGGAGCAGAUAGGCUCGUGGGGAUCGACGGCCCAAGGGAGGAGAUCAUCGAAUUGCUCAUGGGCGACGACAAGGCAGCGGCGGGUGACCGCCGAGCAAAAACACAACCACCCAAAGUGGUGUCGAUCCUGGGUUUCGGAGGCCUUGGCAAGACCACUCUAGCUUGCCAAGUUUAUUCCAAAAUCAAGUGGCAAUUUAACUGCGCAGCUUUUGUGUCCGUAUCCCGCAGUCCAAAUACAAAGAAAAUUCUGACAGAUAUGCUUAGACAAGUGGCGGGCAACGUUGACAUACCAACUGACACUGAGCGACAACUCAUCGAGCAUCUCAGGCUUCACCUCGGGGACAAGAGAUCUAUGGUGUGGGCACGACAAAGCGACUCUGGGACGACCUUGGUUGCCGCUUCCGUUGUGGAGGCGGGGAUAGCGGCGUCUGCUGCUGCAGGCGUGGCGGCUGGAUGUGGUCCGCCUCGUCCGGACGACGUGGACGGGACAUCGGCGCUCCAGCCUCUCCCUCCCCCUGUCACGGUGGUUCUUCGGCCUGCAGCAGCUUGUUCUUGGCAUUCGGGCUUCGAUCCGGCGCCCCUUCGUCGGAUCCAAUGA